AUGCGGCCGCAAGGGCGGAAGCUCGCUCUCAUUCUCGAAUGGCAGCCAAGGCGAUCAGACCUAGGAGCGGACUUCAACCCGGAGUGGUACAGCGGCACGAGCGUCGGCACGCCGGAUCCAAGGACGCCCACAGAGCGGCCCAGCAGCGCCCAACAAGCGCCCAACAAGCGCCCAGUGAGCGGCGUCAGUGCACCACCAGCGGCACCCACCCAGCGCUCCCACCAGGAGCACGCACAGCGCGGACACGUGGUCACCAGCCACACAACGAGCGUCACCAGGAGCACGCAACGAGCGGCCCCGCGCCCUCAGCGGCGUCAUUUGCACCACCAGCAGCACCCACCGAGUGCCUACCGAGUGCCCACCGAGCGCCACCAACAGCGCCCAUCAGCAGCGCCCAGCCGCGCCCUUAACAGCGCCAACCGCGCCGGAUACGUGGUCACCCGCCACGCUACGAGCGCCACCAGGAGCGCCCAACGAUCAGCACCGCCGCUCACCAGCCGCACUCACCAAGCGCCAACGGGAGCGCCAGCCGCAACCACAUCGGUCAGCCAGUGCCGCACGUCAGCAGCACCUGCCGUGCGCCCAGCGCCCAGUCACGCCACUAGGAGCGCUCACCGAGUGAUCCCCAGCAGAGCCAUCGGCAGCGCCACCGCGCGUAUGCCCAGUGUCUCGGGAAAAAAAACGUCAGAGGACGCAGAAUCAAAGCCAGUUCCGGCAGCUGCCGGACUGGAAGAGGACAGGUUUUUCACCGCAUCCGGAGACGAACUACGACCACGAUUGGCAUCCUUCAUCGGCGGAGGAGACCACAGCCCGGCUCUACGAGAGCGCUUUGCCGCACUGGAGGCAAUAUACCCGGAAGCACCCACCCAGAGGACGUCCACCAGUCGGGCCACCUCACCGAUGCCCGGAAUUGAGGAUCACACGCUUCCCGUGCCCUGCUCAGGGAACCUACGGAAAAGCCCUGGACGGGAGAUACCGGCUGCCAACCCAGCCGCCCAUCUUCCGCACAGCCCUAUAUCCGCGGCAGUGUUCGCCGAGAAACUGCGAGGAUGGGGCAAAAGGCGACCAGACCUAGGAGCGGACUUCAACCCGGAGUGGUACAGCGGCACGAGCGUCGGCACGCCGGAUCCAAGGACGCCCACAGAGCGGCCCAGCAGCGCCCAACAAGCGCCCAACAAGCGCCCAGUGAGCGGCGUCAGUGCACCACCAGCGGCACCCACCCAGCGCUCCCACCAGGAGCACGCACAGCGCGGACACGUGGUCACCAGCCACACAACGAGCGUCACCAGGAGCACGCAACGAGCGGCCCCGCGCCCUCAGCGGCGUCAUUUGCACCACCAGCAGCACCCACCGAGUGCCUACCGAGUGCCCACCGAGCGCCACCAACAGCGCCCAUCAGCAGCGCCCAGCCGCGCCCUUAACAGCGCCAACCGCGCCGGAUACGUGGUCACCCGCCACGCUACGAGCGCCACCAGGAGCGCCCAACGAUCAGCACCGCCGCUCACCAGCCGCACUCACCAAGCGCCAACGGGAGCGCCAGCCGCAACCACAUCGGUCAGCCAGUGCCGCACGUCAGCAGCACCUGCCGUGCGCCCAGCGCCCAGUCACGCCACUAGGAGCGCUCACCGAGUGAUCCCCAGCAGAGCCAUCGGCAGCGCCACCGCGCACGAACUACGACCACGAUUGGCAUCCUUCAUCGGCGGAGGAGACCACAGCCCGGCUCUACGAGAGCGCUUUGCCGCACUGGAGGCAAUAUACCCGGAAGCACCCACCCAGAGGACGUCCACCAGUCGGGCCACCUCACCGAUGCCCGGAAUUGAGGAUCACACGCUUCCCGUGCCCUGCUCAGGGAACCUACGGAAAAGCCCUGGACGGGAGAUACCGGCUGCCAACCCAGCCGCCCAUCUUCCGCACAGCCCUAUAUCCGCGGCAGUGUUCGCCGAGAAACUGCGAGGAUGGGGCAAAAGGCGACCAGACCUAGGAGCGGACUUCAACCCGGAGUGGUACAGCGGCACGAGCGUCGGCACGCCGGAUCCAAGGACGCCCACAGAGCGGCCCAGCAGCGCCCAACAAGCGCCCAACAAGCGCCCAGUGAGCGGCGUCAGUGCACCACCAGCGGCACCCACCCAGCGCUCCCACCAGGAGCACGCACAGCGCGGACACGUGGUCACCAGCCACACAACGAGCGUCACCAGGAGCACGCAACGAGCGGCCCCGCGCCCUCAGCGGCGUCAUUUGCACCACCAGCAGCACCCACCGAGUGCCUACCGAGUGCCCACCGAGCGCCACCAACAGCGCCCAUCAGCAGCGCCCAGCCGCGCCCUUAACAGCGCCAACCGCGCCGGAUACGUGGUCACCCGCCACGCUACGAGCGCCACCAGGAGCGCCCAACGAUCAGCACCGCCGCUCACCAGCCGCACUCACCAAGCGCCAACGGGAGCGCCAGCCGCAACCACAUCGGUCAGCCAGUGCCGCACGUCAGCAGCACCUGCCGUGCGCCCAGCGCCCAGUCACGCCACUAGGAGCGCUCACCGAGUGAUCCCCAGCAGAGCCAUCGGCAGCGCCACCGCGCGUAUGCCCAGUGUCUCGGGAAAAAAAACGUCAGAGGACGCAGAAUCAAAGCCAGUUCCGGCAGCUGCCGGACUGGAAGAGGACAGGUUUUUCACCGCAUCCGGAGACGAACUACGACCACGAUUGGCAUCCUUCAUCGGCGGAGGAGACCACAGCCCGGCUCUACGAGAGCGCUUUGCCGCACUGGAGGCAAUAUACCCGGAAGCACCCACCCAGAGGACGUCCACCAGUCGGGCCACCUCACCGAUGCCCGGAAUUGAGGAUCACACGCUUCCCGUGCCCUGCUCAGGGAACCUACGGAAAAGCCCUGGACGGGAGAUACCGGCUGCCAACCCAGCCGCCCAUCUUCCGCACAGCCCUAUAUCCGCGGCAGUGUUCGCCGAGAAACUGCGAGGAUGGGGCAUUGAUAUAGAUAUAGAGUUGGCGUACAACCGCGGCUCGUCUCGGAAAUCCGCCGUCCUUCGGUCCUCGAUGCGCCACGGCGAUCACUCCUGCUUGUCGACUGGUACUCCGGUUCCUGGCUCAGGCUACUGUCGAUCCCCGGAGAGUCAUUCACCGGCGAUCGAUGUCGCUGCCUGGGCAGCAAUUCCGGCGGCCUUCGGUAGCAUCCUUCUGUCUCCUGCCGCUGAUGAAUUUCAGCUGGGCCACUUGCACAGCCUUCUGGACGAAGUUCAGCUUUUGAUGACUCUUCGGCUCCGUACCCAGAAGUUGCUCCUGCGCCUGAUCGCCUUGAAAUCAAGGACCCUGGGCGACCGAUGGUGUAACAGAUCCGCCGGUUUAUCCCUAAUCCGAUCCACCGUUCUGGGUAAACCCCCAGCCAGCGAUAUCCGCGGCAACUCAGCAGCACCCUCUACGUCCGUGGACCAGAUAUCGUCCUUUUCGUCGCCAGGAGGACCCAUCGACCUUUGCUGGUGGCCGUCCCUGACGUCCUAA